GGAGCGACUAUUUGAGACGCGCAAAGGGCCACAUGCUACUGCACAUCGGGACCAUGCAAACCACCUCCAGGCUGCUCAGCGAAGCGCUGCUCUGCGCACUGCUGCUGCUCUCCAGCACCAGAGGAGCCGAAGUGUUAGACACGGAGUCCGAAGAGGAGCUGAGCCCCAGAGCUCUGCGGGACUUCUAUCCCAAAGGUCCGAACCUGACCAGUGAGAAGCAGCUGCUUGGAGCUCUCCAAGAAGUUCUGGAAAAGCUCCAAGCUAAACGACUGCCUUCAUGGGAAAAGAAAUUUGGCCAAGUCCCAACGUGUGAUAUCGGGGAGCAGUGCGCUGUGCGUAAAGGCGCUCGCAUCGGCAAGAUGUGCGACUGUCCCCGGGGAGCUUUCUGCAACUUUUUCCUGCUAAAGUGCUUAUGAGCAUCGCCGGACCUGAAUGUAGCAUUGCGAUGAGAAAAGAGUCACUCGAUUCCUUUGUAAAUAUUGUCAUAUUUUUUAUGGAACAGCUGAGGAACAGUUGGGAUGACUGCCCAACCCGCACGAAAAAUAUCUAUAAUAGUUCAAUAAUGAGCAGCAUAUAUUUUAAACACAAGUAAAAACUAUAAGGAUACUGGUGAGGAGGUGACAAUAAACACCCAUACAGCUUAAACAUCACCUAAUUUCUGUAGGAAAACGAUAGGAUCAUUGUUGUGACGUAGGAGCAUAGAAAUAACCCACAAUGCACCUAAUAAAGUAUCGAGGAACACGUACUCACAGUACAGUCUCAACAGCAAUAUUAUGGGAAUAUUAUAAUGAUUCUUCGUCUGGGAAAAUCCCCAAAUCUGUGUUUUGAGCUAGAACUAUUUUAUUUCAGAAGAAUGUUUUGUGUAUGAAAUCAUGAUAAUAAACAUCAUUAUUGUUUUGUAAAGCAGUGGAGUGAUUGCAUAUUUUUUUAUGUAAACACAUUAAACACUUUUAUAACGCA